CGUGUAACGCGAAUCAGUAGGUGCAAAACGUCUUGGUCUGCACAAUGAGAACACUACUCUGUAUUGCUGUUUGCCUUCUGGCAGGGGCUUUGGCCCUCGACAUUCGUCAACUUCAACCUGAGACGCGAUUUGUGAAGCCCCUUGAUGAGCCGGAAAAAUUCACCGUUAGCGAGUGGGAACAGGUUAUGGAAAACAUGAGGCCCAGAGCUGACGCACCCAUCGUGGACAGGAUGAUGAGGCAACCCCAGCCAAAUUUCGCUGGAAAAGUUUUUGUCGACGUUAAAGAGGACGGCCGCAUUGUGAACGGAGCGUUGGCGGUCAGAGGCCAGUUUCCCUGGCAGGCGGCCAUAAUCAUCAAUGGUGCCUCCUUCUGCGGGGGAUCCCUCAUUUCAACCACGCAUAUCCUGACUGCCGCCCAUUGCGCUCCAGGAGGCCUAGGAACUUCUUACAGGGUCAUUCUCGGCGCGCAGAACGUUUCAGCUACGAGUGAAAACGGUCGCGUGGAAUUUACGACAACCUCAUCAAUUAAACACCCCAACUACGACGAUACCGUGCUCAACAAUGAUAUUGCUAUUUUAACCCUCCCAUCAGCUGUCACCCUGUCGAGCUACAUUUCGGUGGUUCGCCUUCCCAGACUGUCGGACGCGUCAAAUACUUUCUCGGGAACUUCGGCAACUGUGAGUGGAUGGGGACGCCCUUCAGACACCACCUCAAGCAUCAGCGAUGUUUUGCGUUAUGUUUCCCUCCCAAUUAUUUCCAACUCGCAAUGUGCAUCGAUCUACGGCUCCAGUGUGGUAAUUUCAUCCACCCUUUGCUGCUCAGGAGCGGGUGGACUCUCCACUUGCAACGGUGAUUCCGGCGGCCCUCUUGUCUACACCGAGGCAGAUGGUGCAAAGACGCAAUUGGGCGUAGUUUCCUUUGUUUCCUCCACAGGUUGCGCUUCUGGAAACCCUUCAGGUUACGCCCGAGUGACCAGUUUCCUCAACUGGAUUUCAACCAACACUGGAAUUGCUAUCAGACCCUGAUAACCUUAUUUGCAAUAUUCAGUUGAAAUAAAAUAAUAAAGUUUAUAAAAGAUGGACGAUCUAUUAAUAUUU